GGGGCUGUGCACGGUUUCCAGAAGGGUGUUCUUCGGCUGUAUAAAAGCGGCGAGCCGCGGCGGCGGCGGCAGAGCUGCAGCGGAGGGACCGGGGCCGGCGGCGGACUGCGGCCGGGGCAUGAGGAGGUGUGUCCGCUGACAACGAGUAACAGCUGCCCUUUCGGACCGUUUCCUUUUCGUGACUGCUGGGAGAACGCACAGGUGGACAGUGUUGUGUCCCGGCCUGGAGGUGGAAACGGCUCUCUGUCUGGAGUUCUGGAGCUUCCUCCUGUCAGCCUGCCAGAUAAUCUUUUGGCCUGUGAGGAUGGACCCUCAGGAAGACGGCGACCCCUGCGACCCCUGCUCCGCCGUGCUGACCGGGGAGCAGGUGAGCCGGCUGCACGCCGUCCUGACGGAGGUGGUUCCGGUGCACGGCCGGGGGAACUUCCCCACCCUGGAGGUGCGGCUGAGCGACGUGGUGGCGAGGGUGCGCUCCCACCUGGAGAUGAGCGGCGUGGCGGUGAAGGACGUCCGGCUCAACGGCUCCACGGCCAGCCACGUCCUGGUGCGGGACCUGGGCUGGACCUACAAGGACCUGGACGUCAUCUUCAGGGUGGACCUGCCCCGCGAGGCGGAGUUCCGGCUCAUCAGGGACGUGGUGCUGGGCACGCUGCUGGACUUCCUGCCCGAGGGCGUGAACAAGGAGAAGAUCACGGCGGUCACGCUGAAGGAGGCGUACGUGCAGAAGCUGGUGAAGGUGAGCACGGAGCAGGACCGCUGGAGCCUCAUCUCGCUCUGCAACCACCACGGCCGCAACGUGGAGCUCAAGUUCGUGGACCGCAUCCGCCGGCAGUUCGAGUUCAGCGUGGACUCCUUCCAGAUCGUGCUGGACCCCAUGCUGGACUUCUACCGCCAGCGGCGGCCGGCGGCGCCGUCUCCGUCCUCGCACCCCGCCGUGAGGGGGGAGAGCGUGUACGGCGACUUCCAGGUGGCCCUGGGACACCUGCGGGACAAGCUCAUCGCCACCAAGCGGCCCGAGGAGAUCCGGGGCGGCGGCCUGCUCAAGUACUGCAACCUGCUGGUGCGAGACUUCCGGCCCGCCAGCGAGGAGGAGUUCAAGGGCCUGGAGCGCUACAUGUGCUCGCGCUUCUUCAUCGACUUCCCGGACAUCGGCGAGCAGCAGCGCAAGCUGGAGGCCUACCUGCACAGCCACUUCGUGGGCGAGGAGCAGAGCAAGUACGACUACCUCAUGAUCCUGCGGCGCGUGGUCAACGAGAGCACGGUGUGCCUGAUGGGCCACGAGCGGCGCCAGACGCUGCACCUCAUCUCGCUCAUGGCCUUCCGGGUGCUGGCCGAGCAGAACGCCAUCCCCGACGCCUCCUGCGUCACCUGCUACUACCAGCCGGCGCCGCACGUCCAGGACAGCAACUUCAGCAACUACUACGUGGCCAACCAGAACAUUCCAACAUGGCUGCCGUGUAACUGACGGCGCGGCGGCGGUACGGCGAGCGCUCGGCAGGGUCUGCUGCUCCUGACGAGACGGAACAAGGCAUCCCAAAAAACCUGAAAAAACAAGGCAAUAAAUGCACAGACACGCUCCAGUGGACAGAGGGCUUUCUUUUUCUGUUUUGGAAUUCUUUCUCAUUCCUGGUCUGCAGAGACGUCGUGGUCAUUUAUUAGGAAGUGACAUUUUUAAGUGUUAUUGGUUUCUCCUCUCCUGUGUGGGUGUUUCCGUCACGCUGGCAGGUUUCAGUUUUGUGCCUUAACCUCCAGGAGCUGUGAGCCCUGCGACUCCUGACGCGUUUCGACAAAGUGAAAAGAAAAGCUGCAGCCUUGAAUUUGGUUUUCUAAAAAAAUAUUAAUGUGAAAAGACAGAAAAAAAAUCAGAAAAUGUUGAUCUGGGAGACGCCGAAAAGAAAAGAUGAAAAGAAGUUUUUCACCGGUGUGAAGUUUACUGAGGAGGAGCAGGUGGAAGUGUUUUCACCUGUGUGUGUGUGUGUGUGUGUGUGUGUGUGUGUGUGUGUGUGUGUGUGUGUGUGUGUGUGUGUGUGUGUGUGUGUGUGUGGCCAGCAGUGCCUACUAAGUGAAGCCAGGCCGCUUCCUGUCGCUGGUUUCUUCCUGGUUCUCCUGGUCUGACACGCUUCAGCCUUGCCUUGUGUGACUCCCAUGAGCCUCGGCAGCAGCGGCCUGAGGAUGUGGCGGCUCUAGGAGUGACGGUCCAACUCUUCCUUAAAAGGAGCAGCGGAGGAGGCUCGGCGGGCCGUCCUCGCCGCCGCCGGCCCUGAAACGGGAUCCUCCUCUGACGCAGCUCCUCACUGAGCCGCCGGCUGACUAUAAUUAUCUUUUGUUCCUGGGGGGGAGGGGGUCUUCCGGCGUGCUGGACGGCGUGCUGGACGGCGUGCUGGACGGCGUGCUGGACGGCGUGCUGGACGGCGUGCUGGACGGCGUGCCACCUCCCACCUGAGGUGUUUGGGCUGCCAGCACGCCGUGUCUGGACCCUUUUGUGGUCAUGGGAGGACAGCAGUCACGUCUGCUGGGAGAUGCCCCUGCCAGCUGCCCCCCCCCCCGCGCCCCCGCCAGCGCCCCCCUGCAGCCCCUCACAGGCCUAUUUUUAGCCCAGCUGAUGGUUGUGGGUGCUCGCAGUGUGGCACAUGGCUGAAGCUUCCCUUCUUAUCUGACGCUCUGAGAGGACGAGUGCUGCUCUGGCUUCUUAUCAGAGUGACCCCCCUCACCCCACCCCCACCCCCCACACCCCCUCCCCUCACACCCCCCCCCCCCUCCCCCCACCCCCUCCUGCUCCCUUCACUGCUGCUCCUGUUAGCGCCAGAUAACCGGAGACGUCUCCGCUCUUAUCGGCACACAGCUGCCGCUCAGACCGUUGAGUAAGGUCGGCUGGGCCUUGGGGUCAGGGGUCACUCUGGGGGUCGGGGGUCACUCUGGGGGUCCAGGGCACGUCGCGUCUGCUCCGCUGCUGUAAAGCUGCCGGUCUUUUCAUAACGGGCCGGACCAGAGCCUGCCGCUCUCCCAGCAGCCCGGAGCAGGAAGCGCCUGUUGUCGUUUGAAGGUCUGUGUGGCGAUCAGGAGGGGCUGGCUGAGGCUUCUCUCUGGCUGCUGCCACACUCUGACAGGACUCGGCCGCCGCCGUGCCUGGUGUUAGUUUAGAGGUGACCGCCGGUGGAGCGGGCAUGAGGAGGACAGUCACUGGUCCUGAUGUAUUUUCCGUCUGUCUCGUCAUUCCUCCAGUUGAUCUGUGCUUCUCCCGGCCGGGUUGAGCCUCGGCGUCUUCUCCUCCCCAGAGUUCAUUUCUUCAGCUCUCAUCAGCUUGUUAUUGGAUGUGUUUGCCAGUUGGAGCGUCGCAGCUCCGCCUUCUCCCAAACAGCAGGACCAGUUUAGUCUUUCUGUCCCAGACAAACCAAAGCGAUGCCUUAAGUGUCCUGUGAUCCGAGCCGUGGCACAGCGGCGGAGGGUCGCCCGGCCAAAGCUCUUGUUAGGGAGCCUGGUUUGACUCCAGACCACCUGAGAGGACUGUCAAUAAGCUGCAGAGACGAGCUGGAGGGAGGGAGCUGCUUCUCAGGGACGUACAGCGCUCCUCAGGAGUCCUACUCUUAAAGGGACCCCCCCCCCCCCCCCCCCCGUCAUGUCAGGCCCUUUUAUAGAUACAGCAGCUUAUCUGCUCGUUCCAGUCCUUAUCGUUCUGGACAGAGUAGUCUCCUGUUAGAGGCGCCUUAACGCCACACUCCUUUGAGACACCCAUGGGGCCCUUCAGGGGCCCUAUGGGGGCCCUACAGGGGCCCUAUGGGGGCCCUACAGGGGCCCUUGCGGAGCUCUACGGGGCCCUUCAGGGGCCCUUGCGGAGCUCUACGGGGCCCUUGCGGAGCUCUACGGGGCCCUUGCGGAGCUCUGCGGGGCCCUUCAGGGGCCCUUGCGGAGCUCUACGGGGUACGGGGCCCUUGCGGAGCUCUACGGGGCCCUUCAGGGGCCCUUGCGGAGCUCUACGGGGCCCUUCAGGGGCCCUUGUGGAGCUCUACAGGGGCCCUUGUGGAGCUCUACAGGGGCCCUUGCGGAGCUCUACGGGGCCCUUGCGGAGCUCUACGGGGCCCUUGCGGAGCUCUACGGGGCCCUUCAGGGGCCCUUGCGGAGCUCUACGGGGCCCUUGCGGGGCCCUUCAGGGGCCCUUGCGGAGCUCUACGGGGCCCUUGCGGGGCCCUUCAGGGGCCCUUGCGGGGCCCUUCAGGGGCCCUUGCGGAGCUCUCUCUGCAGCGAUGAAUUGUAGCGAAGCCGCAGACUGAAGUCUGCUCUUCGGUGUGUCGUUGACGUCGCUGCCUAACGUUAAAAUGUGGGCGGAGUUAAAGCGAAGCGUUCUCCGCGGCGUGGAAGCGAGCGGUCUGAGCGGAGCCCUGUCUCCGCCCUGCUGUCACGGAACCACGGUUGUCGUGACUUGUUGUUUGGCGUCUCGCCUCCCUGGUCCGUCAGGGUGGGUGUCGGUGCAGUCCUGUUUGUAGCGGGGGUGGGGGGGCUCUGCUUGCACCGUUUCUCCCCGUUGCCCGCCCGUCUGUCUGCUGUGCAUGUCGGUGUCCUCGGCGCCACGCCGUGGUUCACCGGUGCAGUGUCUCCACCCCUUCCUUCUUUUGCUCCACCUGUUGUGUCCGUUUUCUUGGGGGGGGGGGGGGUCAGGUAUUCAGUGGUUGUGCUUGUCUGAAAGAACAAGUCUUACACCAUAGGGGCACAGCGGAGGUCCUCUGGAAGACCUCGGACCGUCCGUCUGCUUAUUUUUGCAGCAGAUGUGUUUCGUUGACGUGUGGAGGUGUGUGUGCUCGUUUGCAUGUGUGUAUGAAGGAUCCUGUGGUAAUUGAAGGAUUACACACACAAAGGGUGUGGGGGGUUAAUUAAGUGACUUUGUCGCACUAUAUAUCUAUUUUUUGAAAUAGUUGAAGCAGAAGCUUUCUGAUCAUGACGACAUUGAUGGUUCCAACAUGAUGCUAUUUCAUUUCUCAGCACUUUUACCUCACUCGAGCUGUUUUCCUUUAAGGGAAAUGUACAUGUACAUCAGGAGAAUGUGUUUGAAGAGGAAAUCAUGAAUAAAGACAA